AUGGUUGAGCGUCCAGAUUGCAAGAACGUUAACAACUGGCACUGGUAAGUUUUACCGCAUUGCUCUUUCAUUGCAUGGUAAUACUGUAAACAUUUCUAGAAGAAUUUGGCAAAACGAAGGUUUACAUAAUACUUAUUUAAGAGAAAAUAAAAAUAAUAUUGUAGGGUUGAGAAGAACGCGACUCCAUGGUCAAAGGAUCGGCUAACUGAUCUUCUGAUCGGUAGGGAGAUCGAAAAAGGAUCCGUGAAAGUAUUGCUGAAGGAGUUUAAGAAGAUCGAGGGAGAUGCGACUGCUAACAACCGAAAAGCCAAGUUGAUCUUCUUGUUUGACUGGGUACUGGAAGUUAAGUUUGUGGCUCACGUAGCCGGCUCUGAGCUCGAAUAUAACGGAGUCUUAGAAAUACCCAACUUGAGCGAUGAGAACGAGGCCGACGAAGUCGAUGUAAGUGGUUACGUUUGAUUUUUUACUUUAAGGUUAAAACGAGCGAUUUGUGGCUUUACUUUUACGAUUAUUCACAUGUUAGAUUUAAGAAUUUUUACUCGAAAAUUAAUAUUAUUAUCGUUAUUGAUGGCCAUUUCAGUUGAAUGUAACAAUCGAAACAAAAGGGCCCCAUGAAGCUGAGCUUCGUCAUAUUUUAAACAAGGAAGGACUCCAGUUCAUUAGGAGUCAAUUGGGAGUAUACAUAAAAGAGCUGAAGCAAGAAUUCAGCAAAGGAUUGAUCUUGGACACUGUGACAAAGCCCCAAACUAUUGUUAAGAGUGGAACCACUCGAGUUGUUGACAAAAGUGCAUUCCAAAAUACUGUAAGUUAUUUUUCUUUGUUUUUCUACAGUAUAGGUGGUUUUUUGGGACAAACUCUAAUAACAUUGUUAAAAGCUAUAAGAGUAGCUGAAUCUUGAUUUACUCGCUAACAUAAAAUGAUGUUACCAUCAAAGGUACUAAUUUUAUGUGUUUAGGUCGUAACCGGAAACGAACCAGAUGCCAAGCCGACUGCUCCGGUCACUGUAACUUCAUUUGACUUGGCCGAAGGCUUUAAAGUGCCUCCAGAGAAGUUGUACGAGUUCUUGACUGAGCCAGACAUGGUCAAAGUCUGGACUAAUGGAAAUGCAGUUGUGGAAGCCAAAGAGGGUGGAAGUUUCGCCUUGUACAAUGGUCAAAUCACCGGCAAAUACACGAAGGUCGAAAAGAACAAGUUGUUGGAAAGUGACUGGAGAUUGAGAGAUUACCCACCAGGACACUAUGCCAAAAUCACCUUCUCUUUGGAAGACCAGGGCGACAGCACUUUAUUGAAGGUACAAGCCGAGAAAGUGCCUCAGGACAAGGCCGACACCACGCGGGAAGGAUUCUAUAGGUUUUACAUGCAGAGUAUUGGCCGCACCUUCGGUUGCGGGAUGAGAAUGUUCUGA